UUGACCCAGACAACAGAGCAGUAUGCAUGUUCCUCUCCCCCUCCCAUCCCGUCCCCUUGCCUAACUGCAGAGCCUGUGGGAUUGGCUGUGCUUCCUUCGUCCCCAGAGCCAGGCAGCUUGAGUGCUAGAGGUCUCCAUCAGAUUUCUCAGAGCAAAGUAGCUGUCCUCCUCCUCGCGGGUGGACAGGGGACGCGGCUGGGUGUUUCUUAUCCCAAGGGAAUGUAUGACGUGGGGUUGCCAUCCCACAAAACGCUCUCCCAGAUCCAAGCUGAGCGUAUUCUGAAACUGCAGCAGCUGGCUGAAGAACAGCAUGGCACUGAGUGUGUCAUUCCAUGGUACAUCAUGACGAGCAGCAGAACCAUGGAAUCUACAAAAGAGUUCUUCUUGGAGCACAAUUACUUCGGCUUAAAGCAGGAAAAUGUGAUCAUCUUCCAGCAAGGGAUGCUGCCUGCCAUGGAUUUUGAUGGCAAGAUCCUUCUGGAAGAGAAGGGCAAAGUUUCUAUGGCGCCAGAUGGCAACGGGGGGCUGUACCGAGCCCUGGGUGCCCAUGGCAUUGUGGAGGACAUGGAGCGGCGUGGCAUCUGGAGCAUCCACAUGUACUGCGUUGACAACAUCUUGGUGAAGGUGGCUGAUCCCAGGUUCAUUGGGUUCUGCCUGCAGAAGGAAGCGGAGUGUGGUGCAAAGGUGGUGGAGAAGACCAAUCCCAUGGAGCCGGUGGGUGUGGUGUGCAGCGUGGAUGGCACGUACCAGGUGGUGGAGUACAGCGAGAUCUCGUUGGCCACAGCACAGAAACGCAGCCCUGAUGGCCGGCUGCUCUUCAACGCAGGCAACAUUGCCAAUCACUACCUCACCGUGCCCUUUCUGAGAGACGUGGUCAACAUUUACGAGCCUCAGCUGAAGCACCACGUGGCCCAGAAGAAGAUUCCGUACGUGGACCUCAGCAGUGGGCAGCAGGUCAAGCCAGACAAACCGAACGGCAUCAAGAUGGAGAAGUUUGUCUUUGACAUCUUCCCGUUUGCCAAGCGGUUUGUGGUGUACGAAGUGCUGCGUGAAGACGAGUUCUCCCCGCUGAAGAAUGCAGACAGUCAGAACGGGAAGGACAAUCCCACCACAGCCCGACACGCCCUCAUGUCGCUGCACCACUGCUGGGUCCUCAAUGCCGGGGGCCACUUUGUGGAUGAAAAUGGCACCCGCAUCCCUGCGAUUCCCCGCAUGACACGUGGAAGGCCAGAUGCCAUCCCAGCCGAUGCCCGUUGCAACUUGAAGGACGCGAACGACUUACCAGUUCAGUGCGAAAUUUCUCCCCUCGUCUCCUAUGGUGGAGAAGGCCUGGAGAAGUAUGUGGAAAACAAAGAAUUUCACGCACCGUUGAUCAUUGAUGAGAGCGGGAUCCAUGAGCGGGUGAAAAACUGUGUAGACUCUUUUUCAGGAAGCCAGCAGGCCCAGCAUAGCUUGUGACGUUAGCUGUCAGACUGGAAAUCCAAGGAAACGAAGGCUGUCACUGGAAAUGGUGGUCCUGCCAUUUGAACUCACUGGCUCGAGGCACAUUGAUGGCCUCUGUUUUAAGUUAAACAAACACUUUAGUCCAGCCCCUGCCAGUACAUACAGACGUGAUGUUUGAGCCAUGGGCAUUGAUUUUAAAUGUGUAUAAAGUAGCAAAUGUCCAUGCAGAGGGCAUUUUAGGGUACGAGGAGGGGCUCAUCUUAAACGUUUUUUCUCAAAUAUACAUGACUAUUUUUAAAAACAAAAUCUAUGUAACUGUC